AUGAUAGUUAAAGAACACCCAGCACAAUUAUCUCUACUAUUCCCUAAGAAGCUAAUAGACGAUGCAGCUAAGAAAUCAGAAAAUUACUACUUAGUAUUAGGGAAGUACUACACAUUGGAAAAUUCGGUCGGAAUAUUUGCAGCCGACUCUCUUUGCCCAGUUAACAAUCUUCACUCAUUAGAUCUCUGCGAUAAUAUUAAAGUUAUUGGAAUAUUUAAGUUUUCUAACAAGAAUGUGGGUUUGCAAUCAGAUCCCAACCCUUUCGAUAUUGAAGAUAUUUCAAAACCUUUGAGUGAUGUAGUAUUUACUGCUGUUUCAGACAUUGGGGUAGAAUCUAACGAUAUUUAUUUAAAAAUUUCAAGCAUAUAUGAUCAUAACUUUAAAUUAGUCAAAACUGAAAAAAUUAAUAUUAUCAUAUUUUCCGAUCAAAGAACCCAAAUUGUUAAUCUUUCAAAAAUGCUAAACAACGCUAAUCGAUUUCUUGAUAACGUUAUUUUUUCAAUCGAAAAUGAUUUGAAAAUCGAUGAUUAUAUUACUUCUGGUGACAAAGUUGAUAAAAAGUUGGAUCCUGGUUCAUUGUUUGAAAAAUACAAAACUAUUAUGUAUGAUUACAAUGAUUUGAAGUCUUUAGACGCUUUUUCAAUGUUUAAUGCUAACCCAUCGAAUGGAUUUGAUCCAUUCUUCUUACAAAUAUUCAGGUAUCUGCUAUUUUAUUCUCUAACUUUGCUAUCAUUCUCCUCAUCAGUUAUAUGGUCUUUUAUUUCAAAUUUUCCAUUCAUUCAAACCUUGAUACAGAAAAAUAUUUGUGCAACAAUUUCUCAAGCAGCAUAUAGAGUUAAGAAUCAAAGAAAUUGGAUAAUAUUGAACCAUAUAUUAAAAAAUUCAAAAGUUAAGCAAAAUAAAAAAUUACAUAAUUCGCUAAGGCUUUUAUUUUUUUCUUCGAUUACUACUGUAGUUGUUGAUUAUCUAUUGGGAAUAUUAUUUGCGUUUGGCAUUGACACAUUUUCUAGAGAACUUGUCAUUCUAAUGGAAAAAUCGUUUUUCUAUAUUUAUCAUGAUGCAAUACAUACUCAAGUUAAAUGGUUAAUGUCAUUUCCUGCCGGAUUUAAACUUAAUCAAAAUCUCACUACAGUUAUGGGUAAUCUUACACUUGCAGCAUUAAAGUUUUGGUGUGACCUUACAAGCCAACAUUUUUCCGAUUUAAAUCAUAACAUGAUAUUUUUGAUCAAAUUUGUUUCUAUUACAUGUGGGAUGUCUGUCUCAGUAGCCCUAAUAUGGGAUAUUUUGAAUAUUUAUUCUUUUCUUCUUUUUUUUAUUUAUACAAUUAUGGCAAAAUUAUACAAUUUAAAUUUAAAGGCAAUAAAAACAUUUUUUUAUAUUUUCAGAGGGUUAAAAAGCAAUAUUUUCUCAAAUAUAGAUCAUAAUUCACAUUAUUCUGAGCAACUGUUAAUUGGCACAAUAUUAUUUACGAUUUUUGUUCUUAUUCUUCCUACAAUAACUGCAUUUUACAUUAAUUUCCUCUUCAUUUGGAGUUGCGUAUAUAUUGCUUUGGUACUAUUGUUUUUUACAAUUUCAACUAUUAAUACGUUUCCAUUUUAUUUAAUUACCACGCAUGCAGUUGCUCCUAAUACAUUCAGCUCUGGUAUAUUUAUAAACAAAUUUUUGCAUAAUUCAAAUAAUCAAUUUAUUAUAGUCUUCUCGCAUAAAAAACUUAGUAUAAAUUCAAUCUGCAAGCCAUUUUCUGAUUCAUUAAGCCACUUAUUUAGAGUUCAUCUCAAUAUUAUUCAAAUAAUAAGAUCAAUAUUAUCAGGAAAUAUCCUGCAUAUUCUUAAUUUACAGGGUUCCAAGAUUCACCACUUCAAAUCAACUUUUGCCGUAUUUGGAAAUGAGGAUAAAAGUACCGGAAGUAAUUAUUGCGACAAUAAGAGUAAAAACAAUUGCUUAAGUGGUGAAAAUUUUCAUCAUUAUAUUUUUGACAAUAUUACACCAGCUCAAUUAUAUAAUCUCUACUAG